AUGGCUGAGAAAUUGGCUCCAGAGGAGCGCCACAGCUUCGUCCACGACGGUAAAACCGUAUUUGAGUGGGAUCAAACCCUCGAAGAGGUAAAUAUUUACAUAAAUUUACCGCCAAAUGUUCACUCUAAACAGUUCCACUGCAAGAUUCAGUCCAAACAUAUUGAAGUUGGCAUCAAAGGCAACCCUCCUUAUCUAAAUCAUGACCUCACUAGCCCAGUCAAAACUGAUUCUUCCUUCUGGACUUUAGAGGAUGAUAUAAUGCACAUAACACUGCAAAAGAGGGACAAGGGUCAGACAUGGGCUUCGCCGAUAUUGGGUGAGGGUCAACUUGAUCCUUAUUCCUCUGAUCUUGAGCAAAAGCGUCUUAUGCUUCAGAGAUUUCAGGAAGAGAACCCUGGUUUUGAUUUCUCACAGGCUCAAUUCACUGGGAACUGCCCCGAUCCAAGAACUUUUAUGGGUGGUAUCCGCAAUGGUUGA